AUGCAUAAGUUGGCUAGCAAGGUACCGAACCGGUUGCUGAGGGACGACGAGUUCAAAAAGGAGUUCAAUGCUUGUGUGUGGUCGGACCUCGUUGAGCCGGACGAAUUCGAGGAGGAGUGGAAUAGAUUGGUCAAACAGCAUCAACUAGAGGACAUCGACUGGUUCACCACAUUGUAUGCGUACAGGAAAUUCUGGAUACUGGCGUACUUCAGGGAUUUUCCUAUGGGAUCGAUGAUUAGGACUACGUCCAUAUCCGAAUCCGAGAAUAGUUUCUACAAAAAUUUUCUGAAGCCCCGAGCUAACAUAGCUGAAUUCUACUUGAAUUUCAACCAUGCAAUAGAAUUCCAGCGGAACAGUAGAACAACGUUGGACUACCACGAUGCCACUACCAUACCCAUACUAGCCACUACUCUGCCAUUCGAGAAACAUGCUUCCAGGAUGUGUACCGACAGUAUGUUCAAGAAAAUACAAGAAGAAAUUAUGGAGGGUAAUGAAAGAUAUCGUGUGCUUGGAUUUUUGUUCGGAGAAACGGUUGACACCUACAAGCUUGGGGACAGCAAACGCAAUGCAUAUGUCGUCCGUCAUCAGAAGACUGAUGAUACUUACUCGUGCGAAUGCAAACUAUUUGGUCGGCAUGGUUAUUUGUGCAGCCAUGAAAAAAAUCCCGGAUAA